AUGAGCUUCAACCCAGUUGGCGCAUGGACGGAGCAAACAGGCGAGGAGACAACGAUAGGCGCAUUCGAAGUGCCUAGGUGGAAGCGACUGCUCCAGGUCUUCUUUGCCGUUGUCUACUGCCUCUUCGCCGCCGGUGUCGUCUUCGGUUACGCUGCGAUAAAGCCCGUCCUGCUCGACGAGGGGGUAUACAGAGACUACUGUACGAAGGAAGAGCUGGAUCAAGAUGUACACGUCUGCUAUGAGCAGGAGCUUAGGCUCAACCUCAUGUUCACGAUCGCCGCUGUAUCCACAAACGUCGUCGCGCUUCCCGUCGGCACCAUCCUCGAUCGCUUCGGCCCACGCGUAUGCGGAAUAACCGGUGCGAUAUCCAUAACGAUUGGCGCGUUGCUAUUCGCGUUCGCGAAGGAAUUGCCUGUCGAUACAUUCAUUCCUGGCUAUCUGUUUAUGGCAUUGGGCGGACCGUUCAUCUUCAUCUCGUCGUUCCAGCUCAGCAACACCUUCCCCCAGUACUCUGGACUUAUCUUGGCGCUUUUGACUGGUGCUUUCGAUACUUCGAGCGCCAUCUUCUUGAUGUAUCGACUUAUUUACCAGGGUACAGAUGGCAACUUCUCGAUUAAGAAGUUCUUUCUCAUCUAUCUCGUCGUUCCUGCUUUUAUCCUUGCGGUCCAGGUCCUUUUCAUGCCAUCCGUGUCUUACAAGACUGUUGGAGAACUGGUAGAUACCGCCGAAGAGGAACAAGUCAUUCAUGACUCGGAUGACGAAAUCCAAGAUGCAGCGACCGUUCGAAGCAUACAGGAUGCGCGACGAGCACACCGUGACAGCAUCGUUAGCGAAAUAACAUCUUUGCUUGGCACGAAAGACGGCCAGAAGCAGGCACAAGAGGAGGAGAAGAAGAAGAACAUCUCGGGUGUUUGGGGAGCGCUACACGGUCGCACGGCCAGCCAGCAGAUUCGUACUCCCUGGUUCAUUCUCAUCACGCUGUUCACUGUGCUGCAGAUGACGCGUAUCAACUAUUUCGUGGCUACGAUCCGGACGCAAUACACAUACCUCUUCCACGACUACAACAAGGCGGUCGAGAUCAACAACUUCUUCGACGUCGCGCUUCCGGUCGGAGGUGUCUUGUCAGUACCAUUUAUCGGGCUGCUCCUAGAUAACACGAGCACUACGUUUACGCUAUCCCUACUCGUCACCGUCGCCACCACUAUCGGUGUGCUGGGUGUGAUCCCAGAGACAUGGGCUGCGUACGCCAACAUUGUCCUUUUCGUACUUUACAGACCUCUAUACUACACCGCAGUGUCCGACUACUCUGCCAAAGUCUUCGGCUUCGCCACCUUCGGCAAAGUCUACGGCCUCAUCAUCUGCCUCGCCGGUGUCCUCAACUUCUCGCAAUCUGCCCUCGACGCAGCUACACAUAAGACCUUCAAGAACGACCCUGUGCCCAUCAACGUUAUUCUGCUUAGCUUGGCGUUGCUUGUUGGUCUCGCACUGGUGGGUUUUGUGUGGCGAAAGAGCCAUAAGAUUCAACGCGAAAAUAUCGAAGAGGAGGCUGAGGAGGCGAGGGAGACGCUUAUGCCGGAUGCGAGUGGCAGUCAGGGGGUGAAUGGUUAUGGGUCGAUGAAUGGAAGUGGGAUGGCGAGUCCUGUGGAGGAGCAUAGGGGGAGGAGGCUCAUGGCAAGGCGUUGGGUGGUGUUUUGCUGUGCAUCUCUCGAGAAGGCGGUUAUUUAUAACAUGUUUCCACCCUACGAGUACUUGCGAAAGUAA